AUGAAAGACUUGCGAGAGAAAUCUUUAUUCAGCAAUGCAUCGGCAGUUGUCUAUACUAUAGAGUUUCAGAAACGAGGUCUACCGCAUGCGCAUAUCUGUCUGUUCUUACAUGACGAAAGUAAGCUUCCUUCGGUUGAGCAUGUUGACAACUUCAUUUCUGCCGAGAUACCUGACAAAAACUUAGAACCAGAUCUAUAUACUCUUGUCAGCGAGUAUAUGAUUCACGGACCUUGUGGUGUUGCAAAAACAAAUUGUCCGUGUAUGGUCGACGGUAAGUGUUCGAAGAAAUUUCCUAAGAAGUUCUGUGAAAAGAUUUCUCUAGAUUCGAAUCGUUAUCCGGUAUAUAGACGAGCCGAUUCAGGUGUUUUUGUUGAGAAAUCUGGUAUUCAGCUUGAUAACAGAAGCGUGGUUCCGUAUAGCAAAACUCUAUUGAGACGUUAUCAAGCACACAUUAACGUCGAAUGGUGUAACCAGGCUGCGUCCAUUAAGUAUUUGUUUAAAUACAUUAACAAAGGACCAGAUAGGGCUGAAUUUGGUUUUGUACCAAAUGGUGAUGAAGGUCAGCUUGAAGAUGGAAAAGAUGAAAUCAAAGAGUAUUACGAUUGUAGAUAUCUCUUGGCAUGCGAAGCUUCAUGGCGCAUAUUUGCAUUUGAUGUUCAUUACCGCUAUCCAUAUGUAAUCAGGCUUCCGUUUCAUCUACCAGAUAAACAAAACGUUGUAUACGGCCCUGAUGACGAACUUGAUAGUGUUCUACAAAAACCUUCUGUUUCUUCUACGAUGUUUUUGGGGUGGAUGGAAAAGAACGAAAAAGAUCCGUUGGCGCGCACCCUUACUUACGUUGAGUUCCCAACUAAAUUUGUUUGGAAGAAGGAUGAAAGGAUAUGGGAUAAACGCAUAAUAGGCAAAACCAUUGGUCGUAUUCAUUGUGUGAAUCCUUCUAUGGACGAGGCAUACUUUUUAAGAAUUCUUCUUAAUAAGGUAGUAGGUCCUAAGUCUUUUGAAGACAUUCGUACUGUGAAUGGACAAGCCUUCCCAACAUUUAGAGAUGCGUGCUACGCUAGAGGCCUUUUAGACGACGACAAGGAGUAUAUAGAAGCUAUCAAAGAGGCGUACUACACAGGUUCUGGUUACUAUCUUCGUAAUCUGUUUGCUACAAUGUUGGCAUCUAAUACAUUAUCAAAGCCUGAACAUGUUUGGGAAAACACAUGGGAGUACCUUGCGGAUGGUUUGUCUCUUCCAGAAGAACAAAUAAGGAACCUAACGUUGUUGGAAAUUGAGCAUUACUUAUUACGUAACAACUCAAGUUUAAGUCGGUUUCCGUCUAUGCCUCAACCCGACAGUGAAUCAAUAUAUUCAACAGACAACCGUUUAAUUGCUGAUGAGCUUAGGUACGAUGUAAGCGCUACUGCCAUUGAAUUUGAUAAUAAUUUAAGCAGCCUAACCGAUGAGCAGCGUUUAGUGUUUGAUGAGAUAAUUGAAGCAGUUAAUAGUAAUGCGGGUGGUUUGUUCUUCGUAUAUGGGUACGGAGGUACUGGUAAGACAUUAUCUGCAUCCAUUAGAUGUAAAGGCGAUAUUGUACUAAAUGUUGCAUCAAGUGGAAUCGCAUCUCUUUUGUUACCCGGUGGGCGUACUGCACAUUCAAGGUUUCAUAUACCUCUAAAUUUAACAGAAACCUCGAUGUGUUUUAUUAAACCGGAUGAUGAAGUUGCUGAUUUAUUGAAGAAAACGAAAUUGAUCAUUUGGGAUGAAGCACCGAUGAAUCAUAAACAUGUGUUUGAAGCACUUGACCGAACAAUGAAAGAUAUCUUCAAAUGUGAGAUGACAUUUGGUGGAAAAGUUAUGGUGUUCGGUGGUGACUUUAGACAAAUACUUCCGGUUGUACCAAAUGGGAGUAGGCGAGAUAUCGUUAAUGCUUCAAUCACGUCGUCGUAUAUUUGGAGUACUUGCAAGGUCUUUACGUUAACCAAAAACAUGAGGUUAACUGUAGGAGCCAACACAUCCGAUAUAGACGAGAUUAAAGCUUUUGCGGAUUGGUUGCUUGACUUGGGCGAGGGAAAGAUUGGCGACAGUGAUGAUUGUGAGGUGGUUAUAGAUAUUCCUGAAGAUUUGUUAAUCAAGUGA